AUGACAUCUUAUAAUAACAAUGAUAAUCAAAAUAAUAUUUAUCAACAACAACAACAACAACAAAAUUAUCAACCAAGUACAUCUAAUUUAAGUUCAUCUAGUCAGCCAAUAACGGCAAAACCACAAAUAUCAAAUCUAACUAGAAAUUUACUAUCUUCAACAAAUUCAGUACCUUCAACAUCCACAUCAACAUCAACAUCAACAUCAACAUCAUCAAAAUUUAAUCAACAACAACAACAACAACAACAACAACAAUCACUACCUGUUAAUCCCCCAGAUUAUUCAAACUCAUUUAAUAAUAAUGUCAAUUAUAUCCCAUCAUCACAUAAUACUCCAACAGUAAUUUCAUCAUCAUAUUCAUCAAAUCAUUCAUAUAAUUCAAAUUCACUACCAAAUCAAAAUAAUUUUAUAAGUACAAGUUAUAAUAACCAACCUAAUUUUAAACUGACUGGAAUCAUACCACAUACAAUACCUACUACAACUGACUUGUUCACAAAUCCAGCAUCAAGUUCAUUUAAAAACACAGAAUCAACAAGUUCAACAAAUUCAACAAAUUCAUUUCCUACACCAACUAAUAAUAUAUAUCAACCACCAGUAAAUUAUCAACCACAAUUUCAACCACCCCAACAUAAUUCAUUCACGAGUCAACAGAGAUUUCCAAAUUCGUUACCUAAUCAUAAUCAUCUCAGAAGUUAUAGUUCAAGUUCAACUGUUAAACAAGAACCGGCCAUAAGUUUAUUUAAUCCGAAACCUGAUCAUUAUAUGACGUAUUCUGAAUACCUUGAGAAUUUAAAAUUAAAAGAUCAACAAGAAAAUUCAAAUUAUGAAGAACAUUUAAAUAUUGUAGAGUAUCCUGUAAAUGAUUUAAUUGUGAUGCUUUCAUGUUUAUUAACUAAGAUAAUUGAAGCAAAUGAUAAAUUACACCCCAAUCAUUUUGAGAACACAAUAGCAAUAAGACAAAAAUUGAAAGAGGAUAAAAAGUUGAAAAAAAUGAAAAGGGAAAAGAAGAGGAAAGAGAAAGAAGAGAGAGAAAACCAGGCCAGCUCAUUCUCACGCAAUAUUGAAAUUGAAAUCAAAUCAGAUGAUGAUAUGGAAGAAGAAGAAGAAGAAGAAGAAGCCGAUGAUUAUUCAGAUUCAGAAUUGAAAAAUAAAUAUCUUGCUAAUGUUUUGGCCUUUCAUGGUACUAAUGUCCCUGGAAUAAGUCUACAUGCAUAUUUAUCAAGAGUGUUGAAAUAUUGUCCCGUUACAAAUGAAGUAUUUUUAUCAUUACUUGUCUAUUUUGAUAGAAUUGCAAAGAAAGCAAAUAAUUUAAAUAAGAAGAAGAACGGAGAGUCCAAUGAUUCUGAAGAACAGUUGUUUGUCAUGGAUUCAUAUAAUAUUCAUAGGUUAAUCAUUUCUGGAAUCACAGUUAGUUCGAAAUUUUUUAGUGAUAUUUUUUAUAAAAAUUUAAGAUAUGCUAAAGUUGGUGGAUUACCUUUGGAAGAACUAAAUUAUUUAGAAUUACAAUUAUUAUUACUUUUAGAUUUUAAAUUAAUGAUUCUGGUUGAAGAUUUACAAAAUUAUGGUGAUUUAUUAUUAAGAUUUUGGAAAAGAGAACAAUUAAGUAAUGAAUUAAAAGAAAAAGAAGCACAAGAAUCUAAUCAAAGCCAAGAGAUAGAAACUGGGACAAGCACAAAUGCAAGUACAAAUUAA